GGUCCAGACUCAGCGGGCCGCCCCUUUGGGGCAGGAGUCUGUCACCCAAAGAAUGAUAAAGUUGCUUGUAUUUCAAGAAAUCGAUCAAAAAGAAAGCCCCAGCGCUCUAAACCUCAGCCGUCGGGAAGGGGGGUGCACAGCUUCGAGUUUGAGAGCUACCCGGAUCCCAAAGACAGGGUCGGGCCCCAGCACCCUGCGUGCCCUGCCGUGCGUCGUAGGUGGGACGAUGGGAACCCAAAAGCCACGGAUCCUGCCCUGGCUGGUGUCGCAGCUGGACCUAGGGCAGCUGGAGGGCGUGGGCUGGGUGGACGACAGCCGCACGCGCUUCCGCAUUCCUUGGAAGCACGGCCUGCGGCAGGAUGCUCAGCAGGAGGAUUUCGGCAUCUUCCAGGCCUGGGCUGAGGCCAGUGGUGCCUAUACUCCCGGGAAGGAUAAGCCCGACUUGCCAACCUGGAAGAGGAAUUUCCGGUCCGCCCUGAACCGGAAGGAAGUGGUGCGUGUAGCAGAAGACCGGAGCAAGGACCCUCACGACCCGCAUAAAAUCUAUGAGUUUGUGACUUCAGGAGUUGGGGACUUUUCCCAGCCGGACACCUCUCCAGAUACCAGUGGUGGAGGCAGUACCUCUGAUACCCAGGAAGACAUUCUGGAGGAGUUACUAGACAACAUGGUCUUGGCCCCACUCCCAGACAGGCAGCCCUCAGGCCUCGCUGUGGCCCCUGAGCCCCACCCUCAGCUGUUGCUGAGCCCCAGCUUGGACAGUCCCGCUCCCCACCCAAACCCGGAGCUCCCUGAAAACCCACUGAGGCGGCUGCUGGUGCCGGAGGAAGAGUGGGAGUUCGAGGUGACAGCCUUCUACCGGGGCCGCCAAGUCUUCCAGCAGACCAUCUCGUGCCCAGGGGGCCUGCGGCUGGUGGGGUCUGAAGCAGUAGACAGGAUGCUCCCUGGGCAGCCAAUAACACUGCCAGACCCUGGGCUGUCCCUGACAGACAGGGGAGUGACCGGCUACGUGAGGCGUGUGCUGAGCUGCCUGGGGGCGGGCCUGGCUCUACGGCGGGCCGGGCAGCGGCUCUGGGCCCAGCGACUGGGGCACUGCCACACGUACUGGGCCGUGGGCGAGGAGCUGCUCCCCAGCAGCGGGCAUGGGCCUGAUGGUGAGGUCCCGAAGGACAAGGAAGGAGGCGUGUUCGACCUGGGGCCCUUCGUGGCAGAUCUGAUUACCUUCAUCGAAGGAGGCAGAUGCUCACCACGCUACACCCUCUGGUUCUGCAUCGGAGAGCCAUGGCCCCAGGACCAGCCAUGGACCAAGAAGCUCGUGAUGGUUAAGGUGGUUCCCACGUGCCUCAGGGCUCUGUUAGACAUGGCCCGGUCAGGGGGCGCCUCCUCACUGGAGAACACUGUGGACCUGCACAUUUCCAACAGCCACCCACUCUCCCUCACCUCCGACCAGUGCAAGGCCUACCUACAGGACCUGGUCGAGGACAUGGAUUUCUAGAUCCCUGGGGCAGCCUGAGCCCUUGAUCCUCACGGGUGCAGGCCCCUAACACUCAUCCUUGACCAAUAAACUG